GCUCAAAAAAAGACUCGACAGCAUGAUUGGAGUCAAGUACCUCUGGAUCACCCAAAGCUGUAAUGGAGUCAGCCAGGUGCUUUCCAACAGAGGCAAAGUACUUAUUGAAAUUGUUGCUAACUUCAGAAGCACUCUGUUGCUCAGGAGACUCUCCAUCUUUGAUAAAUUCAUUGACAGGGAAGAAAUGUUCAAACACCGGAUCCUGGAGGAAAAUCUGAAUGCUACAAGAAUUGAGAUUGAAUUGAGGUGCAGUAACAUAAACCAGUAUGUAGCUCAAAAAAUUGCUACUUUAAACAGGAAGAGAUUAAAGUAUUCUGGAGCACCACAAUAAAAACCUUUCUUAAUAGAUAAAUGACAUGCAUAUGAGUUAUUUUAAUAAACAAACUUCUCACAUUA